ACCAAAAAAUGUUACAAAUGACGAGAACUCUCCAUCUGGUUUCAACAAGAUGGAGCACCACCUCACUUCGGAUGUCAACUUUGAGUACACUGGUUCAAACUGAUAACAAAAUGAAAUCUGCUGCUGUCAUUGUGAUAACGCUUUACUGUGUGUUUGGUACGAAUUUUUUCGUUUCGGGUGAUUUAAUGAGGAGUCAACCUAGCCCCUUACGAGCACCUGGAGCCUGCUACGAAGACCACAUUGGACACGUACCACCAGGAAAAUGGACAAUUCCUGGAAGAUGUGUCCAAGUUACCUGUACACCAUCCGGGGAUAUGACCUUUGCCGGAUGUCCACAAACAUUUGCAGAUCCGCACUGUUUCAUAACCGGAGUUGAUCUUUCAAAACCCUAUCCAGCUUGUUGUCCACGACCUGCAUGUUAA